GCUGACGAAAGGUUCGAUGCCUCCUUCCACACCAACAUCCUGGUCAACUCCACCGGAUACUGUCAGUACCUGCCUCCAGGAAUAUUUAAGAGCAGCUGCUACAUCGACGUGCGCUGGUUUCCCUUCGACGUGCAGCGCUGCGACCUGAAGUUCGGCUCCUGGACGUACGGCGGCUGGACUCUGGACCUGCAGAUGAUCGAGGCCGACGUCACCGGAUACAUCGCCAACGGAGAGUGGGACCUCGUGGAGGUUCCUGGCCGAAGGAACGAGCGUUUCUACGACUGCUGCAAGGAGCCGUACCCUGACGUGACCUUCACCGUGGUGAUGAGGAGGAGGACGCUCUACUACGGCCUCAACCUCCUCAUCCCCUGCGUCCUCAUCUCCACCCUCGCUCUCCUCGUCUUCCUGCUGCCGGCAGACUCCGGAGAGAAGAUCUCGCUGGGUAUCACAGUGUUGCUCUCUCUGACGGUCUUCAUGCUGCUCGUCGCUGAGAUCAUGCCGGCGACCUCAGACUCCGUUCCUCUGAUAGCUCAGUACUUUGCCACCACCAUGGUGAUCGUGGGCCUGUCCGUCAUCGCCACGGUUCUGGUUCUGCAGUAUCAUCACCACGACCCUGAUGGAGGACACAUGCCACAGUGGACACGUGUUAUUCUGUUGAACUGGUGCGCUUGGUUCCUGAGGAUGCGGCGCCCCGGGGAGGCGAGGGUCCACCUGGGGUGUCACAACGCCACCAAGCGUCGGCGCUGCAGCGUCUCCAGCCUGGAGCUGAGUGUCAGUCAGGGGUCAAUGCGACACCACCCUCAGGUAACCAACGGCAACCUGCUCUACGUGGGAUUCCAGGGCGUGGAGGGGUUGCACUACGCCACGCCCUCCGAACCCGAGCUCCUUUGUUCGCAGCUGAUGGGAGGUGGCAUGGGUGGCGAGGAGGAUGUGCUGAGGGCAGGGGGCCGGGCCGGAGGAAGAGGAGGAGCAGCAGGGGGCUCGAUGCUGGAGGCGGAGCUUAAGCAGAUCCUGGAGGAGGUCAGGUUCAUCGCCGGGCGUUUCCGGGGGCAGGACGAGGACGAGACGGUCUGCAGCGAGUGGAAGUUUGCUGCUGAGGUGAUCGACCGCUUGUGUCUGGUGGCGUUCUCACUCUUCACCAUCCUCUGCACCAUCGGCAUCCUCAUGUCGGCCCCCAACUUCGUGGAGGCCAUUUCCAAAGACUUCUUCAGCUGAGGCGAGCGCCGAGCCACCGACUCUGUAUUUUUACUUCUGUCCACAAACCAACGUGUCAGAACGUCUGAGCUCAAUAUUUUAAUAUUAGUUAUAAUUGUUCUUUAGUGGAAUUCUUCUAUAAACUCAACAUUUUGACGUUAGCUCAGAGAUCAUCGAGUGUUUACGUCUUGUGUCUAUUUGGAGCGUUUGUGUAAUACGCACAUGAACUGUAGGGGGCAGUGCUGUGGCAACAUAGUGGAAUAUGUGUCGAUAAAGUCGCUCGUCAAAGAAGCUGAUUGACACCUUUUCAGAAGUGGACGUGAAACAUGCAAAGAC